AUGGUUCAGCAUCUUGUAAAGCUCCAAAAAUGUUUUCAUUGAAUUGUUUUAAUGUGCAUCAUGCUUGAUAUUUCAAAACAUUUCUAUCUUGUUGAUGAGAAUGUCAUUCUUGUAAACAGAUAAUGGAACAAUGUGUGGCGAGAUUGGAUGUAGCUAUGUUCAACGCCAUCCUUCGAGAGUCUGCUGAUGAGAUUCCUUCAGAUCCUAUAUCAGACCCGAUUAGUGAUGCCGAUGUUCUUCCAAUUCCAGCUGGAAAGGCUAGCUUUGGGGCGGGGGCACAGCUGAAAAAUACGAUUGGGAAUUUGUCCAGAUGGCUUACUGACCUUUUCGACAUUGAUGAUGGAGAAUCACUAGAAGAUGGAAAAGAGGCAGAUAAUAAUGAAAAGGAUGGGAGUAAAGAACUUGACACCUCCGCAAAGUCUUUCUACCUUCUUAAUGCAUUGAGUGAUCUUAUGAUGCUUCCCAAGGAUAUGCUUUUAAGCAGGACAAUGAGAAAAGAGCUAUGUCCGGCAUUUGGUCCAUCGCUAAUAAGAAGGGUUCUUAAUAUAUUUGUCCCAGAUGAGUUUUGCCGUGAUUCAAUACCUGAAGCUGUACUAGAAGCUCUUCUCUCAGAGGAACCUUCUGAGGCUGAGGAAGAUUCUGUUACAAACUACCCAUGCACAGCAGCUCCUGUGGUUUAUAUGCCACCUCCAAUAGCUUCAGUAGCCGGUAUGUUAGGUGAUGGUUAUAGCUAUUCUAAGUUGACACGAAGUGGAUCUUCAGUGCUCAAAAAGUCGUACACAAGUGAUGAGGAGCUCGAGUUAUUAGAUUCACCGUUGAAUCUUAUCAUGAGCGAUGACAUUAAAGCUUCACAGUCUUUAGCAAAAUCUAGUUCGAUGCCAAAAAGUAGUGGAAGGCAAAGGUAUCAACUCCUUCGUGAGGUUUGGAUUGACAGCGAGUUAACAGACUAGUUAUGGCGUUAAAAGAUCGUUCUUGAUUUGCAUCUGAAGGAAGGUAUGGAUCUACAGUGAGCGUAUGAUUUGUGGAUAUGAUAAGCACUUGUUAUGUGUCUUCAUGUGUAGAUAUUGAAGGAGUUUGGUGUCUGUAGAAACGAUUAAAUAAACUUGAAAAAAAGAGAGGCCUUUUUCUUUCCAUUGUUGAGUUAUCGCAGUUGAAUCU